CCCCUGAUCCCUGCGCCCCAGGCCAGCCAGGGAGCCCCGCGGCGGCCGCGCGCUCCAGCCGCCGGCCCGCCAUGGCCGGGGUCAGCUACGCGGCGCCCUGGUGGGUGAGCCUCCUGCACCGGCUGCCCCACUUCGACCUGCACUGGGAGACCACCAGCAGCCAGUUCCGGCCCGAGGACACCGACUACCAGCAGGCGCUGCUGCUGCUGGGGGCGGCCGCGCUGGCCUGCCUCGCCCUGGACCUCCUCUUCCUGCUCGUCUACUCGUUCUGGCUGUGCUGCCGGCGGCGCAAGAGCGAGGAGCACCUGGACGCCGACUGCUGCUGCACCGCCUGGUGCGUCAUCAUCGCCACUCUGGUCUGCAGCGCCGGUAUCGCCGUGGGGUUCUACGGCAACGGGGAGACCAGUGACGGCAUCCAUCGGGCCACCUACUCGCUCCGCCACGCCAACCGCACGGUGGCGGGGGUCCAGGACCGCGUGUGGGACACCGCAGCUGCCCUGAACCGCUCGGCGGAGCCCAGCCUGCAGAGCCUGGAGCGGCAGCUGGCCGCCCGGCCGGAGCCCCUGCGGGCAGUCCAGCGGCUGCAGGGCCUGCUCGAAACGCUGCUGGGCUACACGGCUGCCAUCCCAUUUUGGAGGAACCCAGCCGUGUCUCUGGAGGCGCUGGCCGAGCAGGUGGACCUCUAUGACUGGUACAGGUGGCUGGGCUACUUGGCCCUACUGCUGCUCGACGUGGCCAUCUGCCUCCUGGUACUGGUCGGCCUCAUCCGCAGCUCCAAGGGGAUCCUGGUCGGGGUCUGCCUGCUGGGAGUCCUGGCCCUGAUCAUCAGCUGGGGCGCACUGGGCUUGGAGCUGGCCGUGUCUGUGGGCUCCAGCGACUUUUGCGUGGACCCUGACACCUACGUGACCAGGAUGGUGGAGGAGCAGUCGGUGCUGAGCGGGGACAUCCUUCAGUACUACCUGGCCUGCUCGCCCCGUGCCGCCAACCCCUUCCAGCAGAAGCUGUCGGGCAGCCACAAGGCUCUGGUGGAGAUGCAGGACGUGGUGGCCGAGCUCCUGAAGACCGUCCCGCGGGAGCACCCGGCCGCCAAGGACCCGCUGCUCCGUGUCCAGGAGGUGCUGAACGGCACGGAGGUGAACCUGCAGCACCUCACCGCCUUGGUGGACUGCCGCAGCCUGCACCUGGACUAUGUGCAGGCCCUCACAGGCUUCUGCUAUGAUGGCGUCGAGGGCCUCAUCUACCUGGCCCUCUUCUCCUUUGUCACAGCCCUCAUGUUCAGCUCCAUCGUCUGCAGUGUCCCACACACCUGGCAGCAGAAGAGGGGCCCUGACGAGGAUGGGGAGGAGGAGGCCGCCCCGGGGCCGAGGCCGGCGCACGACAGCCUCUACCGCGUGCACAUGCCCAGCUUGUACAGCUGCGGCAGCAGCUACGGCAGCGAGACCAGCCUCCCGGCCGCAGCACACACUGUCAGCAACGCCCCGGUCACCGAGUACAUGAGCCAGAACGCCAACUUCCAGAAUCCCCGCUGUGAGAACACCCCUCUCAUCGGGCGCGAGUCCCCGCCGCCUUCAUACACUUCCAGCAUGAGAGCCAAGUACCUCGCCACGAGCCAGCCUCGCCCCAACUCCAGCAGCAGCGGGCACUAGACCGCCCGACAGCCACCCGCCCCACGUGCCAAUCGCCCCGCUCCUUCCCCGUGCCAGCCUGGCUGCUUACACCCGCGGCUGCCUGCCGCACCCUCCGCACCUACCCCGGGCCUGCUGCCGGCGCCUCUGUGGCCACUCGCCCCUCUCCUCCCCUUCCCGCAGGGGCUCUGGGCCCACACCCUCUCCUUGGGUCACACGCCUGGACACCUGGGGGUGCUGCUAGCGACGCCCGGGCCCUCCUGGCCCCCAGCCCCACGCCCCUCUGCCUCUGAGGAUUCGGGGAUUUGCAGAGCCCUGCGCUGGGCCACAUGCGUCGUGCUGGUGCUGCCCCCGCGGACCCCUGCAGCCUCUUCGGCUGGCGGCUGCCCCGCCCCACCCCUCCCACAGCCUCUGCUCCUCCCAUGCUUCUCUGCCUCACCUCUUAGUUCAUAGGCAGCGCGGUGCUCCCGUGUGCUGGGCGUCUGGAGGGACGGCCGUGUGGACCCACCCGCCUGGCCUGCUUGUCUCCUACGCGUGGAGACCCUCUCGUGGCGCCUUCACGUGCCUCUGCAGCAUCUGUAACUCCUUCCUUCCCUCGCCCCCCGCCCCGCCCCAGGCUCUCUACAUCGGGUCCCCACUUUCUCUGCUUC